AUGGCACGAGGGCGCGGCAUGCCGAGCCCCUUCAUGGCAGGAGAAAGCAGCAAUCCUGGAGCCUUGCCAAGAAGCUCUCUUGGGAUCGGACACGGAGGUUACGUGGCUACUUCCAGGCCCAGUUCUUCCGCCGGCCCAUCCAUCAGCCAGAAUCUGGGUCAGAUGGGUCACUCUAUGAAGAUUCCGAUUCCUCCCAAAUCAGGCAUGCCAAGCGCCACUCCGAUCGCAAAAUGUGCCGCAGAACCUCCAGACAUGCUGCAGCUCCACCUUGCUGGUAAGUGUUAUCCUUGCGUGGCCUAUGCCCUCAAACCAGCAGGCUGUUUUAAGGGUGCGCAAUGCAUGCAUUGUCACUUCUGCAAUGCAAAGGAAGCUAAAGCCAGGAGGAGGGAGCUGCAGCAGGCAGCCCGCAGGCGUAAGCGCAGGGAGAAUGCCUUGAAGGACCACGGUGACGAAGGCGAAGGUGACGAAGACCAAGACCAGUUCGAUGUGAAUGCCAACGAGCAACAUGCCUCGAGUGUGUCUGAUCCCCAAGUCUCGGACAAACCUGCGGAGCAGGCGAGGCAGUUGCCGAGUGUUCCCAGGACGCCAUGUCCAAUGUUGCCACCCGAUGUGCAGCCAGGUUUCGGAGGUUGCGGGAAGCAGUCUUUCUGGCUGUGA